AAAAAAAAAAAAAGACACAGUGACUGUGACGUCAGAGGAGUAUUUGCAUACUCCGCAGUAUUUAUAGCGUGAUUGACGCUCACUACCUUCACUACUCUCCUGCGCCAACCAGACGUGCAUACCACUAUCUCGCUGACAAAAAAAAACCAAGAACCUCUGCAGAUAUGAGUGACAAAAUAUGCGUCGAUGAAGUCACAACAUUCGACAAGACCAAGCUGAAGAAGACUGAUACUGAGGAGAAAAACACCCUGCCAACCAAAGAAACCAUCGAUCAGGAGAAGAAGUCAUAAUGAAGACUAGUCUUCUGUGCACUGUAGAUUUCACAAGCCUUGCCUUUUUUUUUCUGUUCCAAAUUGACAAACCAUGGCUGUAAAACCACCACUCACUCGCCUAGAUGUCCCUCUGUGCAGCAAGGAAGUGUGGCUUUAUGUCUGCAUGGGUUCCUGGUCAUCUGUUGCUGACUCAUCUCCAGUGUGGGGUUGAGCGCAGACAUGUCGCAAAAAACAACUGAGGGACCUACGCUUUAUGCUUUGUAACCCUUCUCUGGCCACUUGUGAAUGUUCACAUGGCAAGUGGUGUGUUCUUUUUAGUCACAACAUCUGGAAUGCAGUUUUGUUAAAUAUGCAAAAAUAAAAAAAAAUGUUAACUGA